UGCAGCCCUCACGUGACCAGGAGCCUAUGUCUGCCCAAGUCCCUCUCGUCCUGGUCCUUUUUUGCCUGUCCAGACACCAUCUCCCUAUUAGCCUUUGGUCGAGAGGGAAAGCAGAAGGAAACUAAUCGAUCGGGCUUGAAGGAGCAAAUCCUCACCAUGGAAGAAUCAUGCCAUGAAAAGAAAGAAGAACCCCAGAGUGCCCCAAAGGCAGAAGAGGAGCAGCCUCCGAUGGAGCAGCCUCCCGAAAAGCAAAGUUCAGACGAGGAUCAGACCUCGGAGGAGCAAUCCUCCGAGGAGGAGGAAGAGGAUGAUGAUGGGGAGGAGGAGGAGGAGUUCUUCCCCGAGGAGCUGCUGCCGGAGUUGCUGCCUGAGCUGCUGCUGUCACAGGAGCGCCCCCAGCGGCAGCGCCUGUCAGUCAAGGCCCUGCUGGAGGAGCGACCUCCCAUGGAGCAGCCUCCGUGCGGCGUGGGCAAACACAAGCUGGAAGAGGGAAGUUUCAAAGAGAGGCUAGCUCGUUCUCGUCCACAAUUUAGAGGGGACAUACAUGGCAGAAAUUUAAGCAAUGAGGAAAUGAUACAGGCAGCCGAUGACAUGGAAGAGAUGAAAAGAGUAAGAAACAAACUGAUGAUAAUGCACUGGAAGGCAAAGCGGAGCCGUCCAUACCCCAUUUAAUGGGGGUUACUUUUCAUUCUGCUUUAUCUAAGAGUAUAGCCACCUGGACUCGCUUUGCAUUUUCUUCCAUGGCUUCUCCCGUUUUCUUUUCACAUCUUGUGAAACUUCAUUUUAGAUGUUUGACUUGUAACGUAUAUAAAAUUGUUUCUUUUGUAACCUCCCCAAAUCAGAAUACUGUCCAUUUGCAUGGAAAGAUGUACAUUAUAUAUUGUGAAGUGAAAACAAUUUUCAAAACGUAUAUAUAAUAUCUCAUUUUUGUAAAAAACACUUAUAUUUAUAUGUUAAUAUGAAAAGAAGAAACUAAAAGUAUAUACUUAGAAAGCUUAACACUGGCUAUCUCUGUGCUAAGAAAAUAGAUAAAUCUUUUUUUAACUUUCGGCUUUAUCUGAAUUCUCAUUUUCCCACACACAAUAUAAUGAAAAAUGUGACGCAAUGUUGAAAGAAAACCUGUUAAUCAGCCUAUAUAAAUGUGACCAGUAAUAAAUAUGUCAGUCCUUAAAAAAAGAAAUGUGAAUUUUUUCCUAUUCCUUUGGAAUGUUGUAAGUACAGGGAGAAACUACAUAUUGAUUAUAAUUGAGUCAUAUUUUCUCAUUUAAGUAAGAAUAAAACUUGCCUUACAGUGGUGCUGUGGAACCAAA